GCCAAUGGAAUGCUGUGCCGACACAAGGCCGUGCAGAUGGAAUGCUGUGCCAGCAGAACGCUGUGCCAAUGCCGUGCCAGAACAGCGCCCUGCCAAUCAAUGCCGUGCCAAUGGAAUGCCACCCCAGUGCCAUGCGAUGCCGUUUCCAUGCAAUGCCAAAGCCGUGCUGUGCCAAUGCAAUACCGUGCCAAGGCCAAGCUAAGCCGAUGGAAUGCUGUGCCAAUGGAAUGCUGUGCCAAUGGAAUGCUGUGCCAAUGGAAUGCUGUGUCAACCCAGUUCCUCAUGCCCGUUUCUCCCCCAGCUGCACCCACUCCUCAGCCCGGAGCUGGGCAACGCCGAGGGGCGGCUGGCACAGCUCGAGGAAGCAUCGCAGGCACUGCUGGCAGAGCUGGAGGCGCUGGAGGCGGAGGUGGAGCUGGAGCGGCUGUGCCGGCAGCGAGUCCGGGCCUUCGCGGCACAGGUAGGGGGGCAGCCACCCCACCACCCCCCCCGCGCGGGGACAGGGGUGCCAGAGCAUCCCCCCGGCACGGCCGGCUCGGGGGGGCGGUGGGAACCCCGAUCCUGGGGCGGGGGGGUCUCUCUCCCCCCUCAGAGGCAGCAGAAGGCGCGGCCGAGGAGGCUCAGCCCGGCCCGGACCCCCCAGGAGGGGACACCCGAGGAGGGGACACCCCAGGAGGGGACACCCCAGGAGGGGACACCCGAGGAGGGGACACCCAAGGAGAUGCCACCCGAGGAGAUGCCACCCGAGGGGGUGACGGCAGAGGAGGACCCUGACCCUGCCCCGCUCUCCGGGCAGCAGCUCCCAGAUCUGCAGGAACGGCUCUCCCGGCUCCUGGAGCAGCAGGAGGAGCUCACGGGGCAGGUCCAGGAGCUGCAGAGGCAGAACCAGCACCUGCAGGCCCAGCUGGAGCUGGAGCAGGAGGAGCGGCAGCGCCUGCGGGCGGCCCUGGGCACCAGCCAGCGGGCACUGAGGUCCUUCAAGAGAGUGUCCCAGAUCGUCGCCCAGGAUUACUGGGAGGCGCUGGAGCAGCUGGAGCUGGAGCAGGACCUGCGGCUCCACGCCGAAGCCUUCGCCCACGAGAUGCUGGUGCGGCAGAAGGAGGCGAACAGGCAGAGCUCGAUCCUGCUGCGGGACGGGCCCGAGGCCCGGGUGGGGGCCGCGCUGCGAGAGCUGGGGAGGCUCAGCCGGGAGCUGGAGGAGACCAGGAGGGAGCAGCGGCAGCGGGUGCAGGAGCUGGAGGAGCAGCUGAGGAUGCGGCCGGAGCCGGAGGAGCUGGAUCGGGCCCGGGAAGCUCUGGCGGAGGCAGAGGAGGAGAAGCUGGAGCUGAGGAGGAGGCUGGAGGAGGCCGAGGGGCGGCUGGGGGGGCUGGAGGAGGAAGUGGGAUCCCUGCGGGAGAAGCUGGCCCGGGACCCUCCGCCGCAGAACCGGACCCCCGAGCCCCCGCCGGCCCCGCCGCUGCCACCGCCGGGCCCCGCUGUCCCCGCGGACCCCCUCGCCGCCGUCAGGCUGAGGAAGGGGGGGGCAAAGCGGCAGCACAGUAACCCGAAAGCCCAGGAUGUCAGAGCCCAGGAUGUCAGAGCCCAGGACGUCAGAGCUCGGGCCGUGCAGGAGAUGAUGGAGCGGAUCAGGAGCGGGGUGGUCCUGCGGCCGGCCAAGGACAGGGCACACCUGGGCCAGGACCCGGUGGUUGAGAAGAGGAGGAGCGCGGUGCUGGAGCUGCAGGGAAUCCUGGGUGCCAUGAGGAGGCCGAGCCGGAGGCGCAGCGGGCGCCGGGGCAGCGCCAAGGGCCGGGACCGGCAGCUGGAAUCCAUCCUGCAGCGGCGGCGCCGGGCCGUGGAUGUGUCCGUGGGCACCUCCAAGGACACCUCCAAGGACACCCCCGUGGGCACCCGCAGCCCCCCCGCCCGGGAGCAGGCCGGGGCUGGGAGCGGGCCGGACCCCGGGAACACGGGCACGGCCCCAGCCGGGGGCCCCCCGGAGGGCAGGGACGGGGACAGGGGCCCGUUCAGGCCCCGGCUGGGUUGUGGCCUCCCCAGGACACGUCCCCCGAGCCGCCGGGCCGGGGGCAGCGGGAGCCCCGGGCAGGAGCAGGAGCAGGAGCAGGAGCAGGAGCAGGAGCAGGAGCAGGAGCAGGAGCAGGAGCAGGAGCAGGAGCAGGAGCCGCAGAUUCCCACGGCGCUGCCAAAGACCCCCCAGCCCCUCCCAGCCUCGUUCUCCAGCACUUCCCACCCUCCCGGGCUUCAAUGAGAACGAGGUGGCCCCGUG